AUGGAAUUAGCGUACGAUUUUAUCGAGACGCUGAUGAACAUGUCAUUCACCGACAUCUUAAUCCACUCCCCCACCCUUCAAUUGGAGCUGGGCCAAUUCAUUAACGAUUCUACCAAACUUCCUGGAUGUACGGGAAGGCACUUGAAGUGUAUUAGAAGACUACAACCAUCAUUAAGUGACGCUAUCAAAAGACCCGCGUUCCAAUCGCUUGAGCCCAAUCUCCAGACGGCCAUUCAAAACACUUUUUCGAGAGUGAUGCAGACGACUUCAAGGUCGAACUCUAAUGGAAUAUCUGCACUCACUGAUAAUGAUGGUGAUAAAACGAUGCUAGAUUCAUUUGCGUCGACCCAGGGGCUAGCUAUCCAUCAGAUAGCAGACGACGGGCAAGACGGCCACACACCCGAACGCCGCCGGACUGGGGCAGCGCAGGAUAAGACUGAUGAUGGUGUCGACAAGCUUAUGUCAAAGCUGAUGGGCAUAUUACGUGCUGACAGUCCUACCAGCUUGGAGAACCUGAAGCUUGCUACCUCCAAGUCGUUCUCUGCACUUUCCGAGCAGGAAAAACGCGAGUUUCUUGAUGAUCUAAGCCACUUACCCUGCGCGAUGGCCGGGAGCUCAAGCAUGGCCUUGAAACACCAGUCACGGGGCGGACAACUCUGCCAUGUCUGUGAUGACGAACGCUAUGAUGAAGCCCAGAAAAUUCCUCAGUGCUACGACAGUGAGACGUUGAGCCAAAUUUUGGCGUUCAUGGUCCCGAAAAUCUCUCGUUCAUCAACUCUCAGGGUAAGCACCAUGAUUGCUCUGAAGCGAAUGUUGAUGCACACCUCGUCAUUAGCGCACCUGCAGCUAUCAAAUUCCGUCUUUGGCGACUUUCUCCUUAGCUCCCUGCGAAGCUCUGUGCGAGAACUUCGAGUCGUUGCUGGUCAAUCGACAGUCUGCUUUGUGCGCAAGAGCUUAGACCACGAAACCCGGCGGAGCAACUUCGUGGUACUGUUAGAAUGGGUAAAAAGUCUAUCAGAAAAGCAAGAAACGGCUCUACAUGAGACUUGCAUCAUGAGCCUAUGUCGACUGGCAAAGUUUUCUAAUGAUGAGGAGAUGAACAUAAUCCUUCUUCGUCUUAUAGAGUACCUAGGUCACACGAACCCAUUCAUCUGUGGAGUAGCGUACACUGAAGUAUGUGAUGAUUCUAAAACUUCGGAUUAUCUCUAA